AUGUCACCGCGCAGCGCCUCCGAUAUCGCGGACUCGCUGAUACACCGGUACUCAACCGGGGACCAAGUACGCACCUAUAUCUUCGCCGCGUUUGCAGCCAUCGCCUGGUACAAUGCCAUCGAACUCAUCAUCUUGUGCUUCGUCUCAUUCAAGCGCCACCACGGCUGCUACUUCUGGAGUCUCCUUAUCGCAUCCGCCAGCAUUGUGCCACACUGCCUGGGCUAUGUCUUGCUCUUCUUUCCCACGGGUGUUACCCCUUGGGUGUGCGUCACGCUCAUCGUCUUCAGCUGGGUGACCAUGGUGACGGGGCAGUCGGUGGUUCUGUGGUCGCGCCUGCAUUUGGUGCUGCAAAAUACUAAGGUGCUCUGGGGCGUCCUGUGGAUGAUCAUUAUCGACGCGGUGCUCUUCCAUACCCCUACGAUCGUGCUUCUCUACGGCACCACAGCAGAACCCUUCAGCAAUUGGUCACAGGGAUACGACAUCAUGGAACGGAUUCAGCUGGUCGGAUUCUGUAUCCAGGAACUCGUGAUCUCGGGGAUCUACGUGUGGGAGACGGUCAAGCUGUUGAAGCUGCGACCCCAAGGUCGGCCACAUGGUAUCUUGAAUCAGCUCCUCCUCAUCAACAUAAUUAUCCUGGUCCUCGAUAUCGCCGUUGUCGUGAUUGAGUAUGUGGGAUACUACGCCGUCCAGGUUAUGUUUAAACCUGUGGCAUACAGUAUCAAGCUCAAGCUAGAAUAUGCUAUCCUCGGGAAACUCGUCGCCAUCGCCCGAGGAUCCUACAAUGGCCAGGAGCUACCCUCCAGCGAGCUGCCGUCAAGUGAGAUGCCAUCUAGCAUGCGUGAGAUCGACUCGUUCCCCUCAUCGCAGGAGCAACCGACGCAGACAAACUAUCGACGUAACUUCCACCGACAAUAUAGCCCACCAUGGUUUUGGGAACGAUCACAGCGGUCGAGUUGUACAUCUUCGGGUAUAUAA